AUGCCAGGCGAAGCGGCGGCGGCGGCGUCAGGCGCAGCAGGGGGUGCAGCCAUGGUGGGCGCUUUCGCCGCUGGACCAGCGUGGGCGGGCAAGAGGGGGCUCGCGGCGGCGACGGACCAGAACGACCCCAACAAGCAGUUUAAGAGCAAGGGCGCGGGCAAGGGCAAGGACUGGGACAGGGUGGGGCAGAUCGCGGUCACCUCGGCCAAGCUGGCGCUCGUAGUCGCCAAAGACGUACAGGACCAGCGGGCCGCAGUGUACGAGGCCUGGGAGAUGGGCGCAGCCAAGCCGCUCCCCACGUUCGCCAUUCAAGCAGGCCAGCAAUGCGUCGCCGACGCCAAGGAGCUGACGGAGCAACACAUGGUGGACAGCCAGACCGACGCGGCGGCCCUCGGCCCGCCGCACCUGAUGAUCGCAGCGGCGACGAUCAAAGGGCUGGCGACCCUGGUGGGCCCGGAAGCCAAGAAGGUGCUCGAGGAGUUCUGGCGCACGGUGGUCUGUGCGGAGGGGUCGGAGCCGCUGGGCAGCUGCAUCGCCCACUUCCAGGCGAAGAAGAACAAGGCCCCCAACGAGGAGGAGAAAGUGCGGCUAAUCUUUUCCUUCGACUUGCACGAGCGCAACAUGAAGCUGAUUCGGGGCAUCAUCAUCGCCGAGAUCAAGAGAGACGGAGGCCAGCGGAAGCUGGGCGAAGCACCGCGGGGGCCACUCCAGCGCGAGCUGAACCGCCUCCUCGUGGGAGAACCAGUUCCACAGGUUCAGACGCGAGCCCGACUCGUGACGCCAGACUUGAGCCAGAGCAGCCAGAGCCGAGGGGCCCCGCGCUCGGCGCCGCCCGCGUUUCGCGACAGUCAGCGCUACCGAGCUCUGGAGACCGCGGGCUUCCUGAGUGCCGCUCCUGCUCCUAGUCAGCCAGUGCCAGAGGAGGAAGAGGACGCGGCGCACGCGGCCGAGGGCGACGCGUGUGCGGACGCCGGCGCCGAGGGCGCCGACCCCGCAGGGGCGGAGCGGGAGCCCGUGGGCGCCUGCGGCGCCUGGGAGCCCUGCCCGGCGGGAGGCCCGGCGCCCGCCCCGGUGGCGGACGAGGGCGAGCCCGACGAGCUGGUGCCGGACUGGAAGCGCAGGAGCGAGCGGACGGGCGUGAGCAUCUUCGGCGUCCUGGCUCCCAAGAAGGCGGGGGCGGCGCCAGAUGGCGCGCCGGCGGCGGCGCCGCAUCCGCUGCUGGCGCCGUCCUACGUGAGCAAGGCG